AUGUUUAUACCCCUGCAAACAGGCAGCUUCCUGAGCAGGCGUGACUUCCUUUUAACAGGCUGCUACAGUCAAUCAACCUAUUCAGCAGCGUGUGUGUCCUCUCUGGCUUUAUCCCAUUCCCUGCUGCUUAUUCCCCCCUCCUUCCCCGGAUCCACCCAUCUACUGACCAGCCCAUCCCCCUCCAGUCACACUUCCAUGCCACACGAGGCCCGCAGUCUGACUCAGUGGAGAAAGUUACCCGGUCCUCCUGGCAUGGAGCGCGGAAUAGGGCGGCUGAUCAGACAGGUCACUCCAGAGGAGACUACUGAGGACUUGAACGAGGUUACCGGGGAAACGAAAGGCCAGAUACCAGUAGUGAUUGUAGUGGAUGGUACAGAUGGAGCUGAUUCAAAUGAAGAAGAAGCUGAGAGAAAAAGAAAAGCUGAGGCAGACCAGACAGCAGCCAAAGAAAGGGAAGCUCAGAGGCAGAUCAUGGCCAUGCAGGAACUGAUGGACUCGGAGAGGAGCUACCUGAAACACCUGCAGAUCUGUACAGUGACUAUCCGUUACAACCUUCAGCAGUUACAGCCUCCACUGGUCAAUCUAGAUGGAAUGUUCCAGCAUGUAGACAAGGUGAUGGAUUUGUCCGGUCGAUUCCUCAGCCUCCUGGAUCAAGUGCAGAUGAAGCCCAGUGAUCCUCAGUAUUUGGAAAAUCUCUGUGGUUCUUUCCUACGGUUGUCACCAGACAUAGAGUCAGCAUAUAAAGAGUACCUGGCUAACUAUGGUAACGUCACAGCUAUAGAGAACGGCUACAAGCAAAAUGAGGCUCAGUGGGCAGACAUGGUGAAAGUAAUCAAAUCCUCCGCGCCAGAUGUAAAUGCUUCAACUUUGAGUUUCUUCCUGGUGAUGCCAGUGCAACGAAUUGCUCGUUAUCCCCUGCUGCUGCAGACCAUUCAGAAACACACCGAUACCCAGCACCCUGCCUACCCCCAGCUGGAGCACGCUGCCCACACCGCUAUCCAGCUCAACUGCAAGAUUAACGAGUACAAACGCUUCCGUGAAGUGGCCGAUAAGUACAAGAAAACUGAAAACUUGACUAUCAAGGAUAAGAUCAACCGACUGAGUGGGCACAGCAUUGCAAAAAAGACUGCCAGACUGAGCCAGUUUAUCAAACAUGAGACUGGGAUUGUACAAAAGGUAAUAGAUGAAGAGUUUGAUACCCUUACUGGCUUUUUCCUUGUUCUGGAGAAAGGCAUCACCGAGCUUCAUGCUAACAUGAAAGACUAUCUCAAUCAUUUGCAGAGGUUUCUCAGCUGCAGACCCGAGGAGGCCGACUUGGACUUGGAGGGUGAGAAGGCUGCCCUUUUCUCAAAGGAAAUCACUGUAGCACUUAAACAGUGGAUUCUCCCUGCAUACGAAGCUCGUCUGAGGACUUUGGUCUUUAAACCCCUUUGUGCUCUGCGGGAGCUCAUGGCCGGCCCACGGAACCUGAUCCGGAAGCGACAGGACAAGCUGCUAGACUUUGAGAUGAUUGAGGAGAAGACGAGCCUGAGCUAUGAAGAGCAAGCUGUAGUCAACACCUACAAGACCAUAAACACUCUACUGCUCAAUGAGCUGCCCCAGUUCAACGGGAAAGCCCUGCAGCUGCUGUGGGCCACACUGGGAGCAUUCAGUUGCCUGCAGAGAGACCUGGCCAUGGAUAUGGAACAGCUCGCUACCAGCUUUACUCAUCAGCUCCCACAUGUUUAUCUGGACAACAGUGCAUUCUGGGAGUGGGCGGAGAGCUCAGUGCUGGAGGGAGCCAGAAGGCUGGAGACACUGGGUCAGAGUAUUCAGGAUGAACUCAAGGCUCCCAUUGUCCAGGCUGACAUCACGGUUACUGAGAAACGUCUGAAAGAGUUAAUCGACAGGCAUGGCACAGAGAAGCUUUACCAGCUGACCGGGCCUGUGGUGGCUACUCGUGAUCUUGACCUCACUCUGAAUAAAGGUGAACUGGUGGCUGUGAUUAGCGAGAUCGACACACGGGGAGACAAGCGACGCUGGCUGGUUGAUGCUGGAGGUCCCCGCGGCUACGUUCCAGCCUCCAAGCUGACCCGCUUUCAUUACGUAACCGCAGCACAGCCUCCGCCUUCCCCGCUCCUCAAUGCUACAUCCGCCGGCCCAGGAAUCAGGAGACACUCCUACACACCAGGAGUUCCACCAGUCCUUAGCAUGACUUUACCUUGUUUCCAGGUGUUUGCGGGGUAUGAUUUCACAGCACGAAGCAACCACGAGCUCUCUCUACGGGCUGGAGAACCGGUACGGGUGCUGGAGCCUCACGAUAAGCGCGGAAACUCAGAAUGGAGUCUGGUGGAGGCGCGAGGUCAGAAGGGCUAUGUACCCUCUAACUUUCUCACCAUGCUGCCUUCGAUGGUGUCAUCACCCACCUUUCCCUUCCGCUAGAAUCCUAACGUCAUGACAUUUUCUUAUGCUAAUCUGCUUGCACCCCAAACACACACACACACACAUACACACAUACACACACGCGCCAGGCCAUCAGGUGCACUCUGAUCGCUUGGAGAGUUUGCGUGAGCUGAAUUGGUGCUUGGGCGUCGUCGCAGAAAGCCUUUCCGCUUCACAAUGAUUCUUAAAGCCUCUAGAGGAGAAAACGUUUUGUCACGGUGGCACUAACUGGUGGAGAUGAGCUGUGUGCGACUGACUGAGCGUACGCCGCGUGGAUUUAACAGACUCUUCAGCAGACUUAUUUGUCAAAGCGAAUCAGCUCUCCACUUUGACUGAGCGUGUGAUGGAGUGGGCAGAGUGAUGGGAUGAUGGGGGCUAUGAACGUGCUUCAUGCCCAGUGCCCUUCUCUGCAGUGUCUGUCUGCAUUGGAGGCAUGAGUCAACACAGAAACUCGAUUUCUGUCUUGAAUGUAAUGGUCACCUGC